AUGGAAACCUCAUCUCUGCUGUCAUCCUUACAUGAUGAUUGUAGAUCAGACAACUACCUUGAACCGCACUACAAGGAAUGUUACAGGCUUGCCAUUGAUGUGUUAAUUGAAAGUGGUUCAGAGGCUUACCAAGAAUUUCUUUCCAAGGAGAGAUGUGCAGAGUUUCUAGCAGAUGAUGAAAUCAAUUAUAUACUGAACACAGUUCAGAAAAUCCCUCAAAACACAGUUUGUGCUACUGACAAUGCUGCUGAUGAUACCUCUUCCUCAGGAACUUAUUGGCCGAUGGAAUCAGAUGUGGAAGCUCCUAAUCUUGAUUUGGGUUGGCCUUAUGUAAUGCCUGGAAUUAAUGGUGGUACAAAUAUUGAGUUGCUCUUCCAUCCCCCUCGAAUACAACCUUUUACAAUAAAGGAAACUAUUAGGAAGAUGGUAAAAGAAGCAAGAAAGGUAAACUUUUAUAGUUUCUUUUUUAAGCAUCUAAUUUAUAAUAGAUAAGUGACAUUUUUAUUUCAUUAUUCAUAUCAAUGUGAAACUGAAGUUCAUAACAAUGCAAAGGGACACAUUUAUCUGCCAGAUUACUUAAAGUGCUUCCACUCAGAUUUUGAACUUCUGUGAAAGAAUCAUAAGAAUGUAGCCAUCAUGGCCGCAUGGUCAUUGAGACUCUUUUUUUUUUUUUUAAUAGUUGAAACUCAUUUUUAUUGUUAUUGUACUGGACCUCCUGUACAUUGCUUUGAGAUGACAAUGAUUAAGCAGCAUACAAAUAGUUGAAAUCAAUAAAAUAAAUUAGGAAUGUAGUAGUAAAUAUAUAGCAAACCAAGAAACAGAGAAGCAAGCAGAAAAAUAAACUCUAGGGCAAGACAUCACCAACUCUGGUGUUAAAACUUUCAAAACGAUUUCCUUUUUGAAAAAGCAGCUUCUGAUAUAGAUUGGGGUGUGUGUGAUCUAAAUGUUUAAGCCCACAAGUUUCCCCCUCCAUAGGUAAGCUGUGACUAACUGCAGCUCAAUGUGGUUGCAGACUAUCUAGAUAACUUAGCAGAGGAAUGGUUAGACUGUCCCAUGUACUGUGCCCCCAGUCUAACAUGAGGGGCCCAUGGGUGCCUUUAGAAAGAAAAAAUAGUUGCAGAGCUCCAGAAAUGGAUCUCCAGUAUAGCUUGGCAUUUGGCCCCAGUUUCUUUAUUUUCUCAAACUAUUAAACAUAUUUUUAAUGCUGGUGGAUUUCAGUGAAGGAGGUUUACCACUUCUGUAGCAAAAUCAUUGGGAUUUAAUUGUGAUUUCCUUUGGAUGGGUUGCAGAAGUUUGGAACAUGAGAACCACCAGUUGUACGAAGCAGGAAAGCAAUACGGCUCAUGCAUAUUUGUAAUCAUCUACAUUUUUGUUCCUUGAUUGUGGUAUGUUUAAAUUCAGUGUGAACUAAUUUUGGAAGAGACGAAUGUUUGUGUAUUUAGACCAGCCUCCCCUCUGCAGUAGUAUUAGUAGCAGAUAACCUUGCAGGCAACACAGAUGCAUUGGCAAUGGCUGUCCGGGUUUGGCUUUGCAACAUAAACUUGAAAUAGCAGAAUAUAACUAGCUAAAAGUGUAAUGUCUCUCUCAAAGGUAUUACUAACUCACUCGCACUCAUUUAUAGCUCCUUCCCACCAUAAGCACCCAAAGUAUUGACAGAUGUGUGCAAAAUUUAUGUGUGUUCCCCUCCCCACUGUAUGUCAUCUUUUUGCAUUUUUGUUGCUACCUCCCUUUUUCCUCCUGGCGAUUUAAAAUUUAAGGGCAUAUUCAUUCCUUCUGUGCUGCUUUGUGCCUAUUUAGCAUUCCUGUGCCUUCUAGGGAACUUUUAUUUGUUUCGGGAGAGGUGAAGAAGUGAUUUUCUGCUUGUGCCAGAUACCUUGGGAUGCAAACCAUGGGUUAGAUCAGUGGUUCCCAAACAUUUUCAGGCCACAACCACCUUCGUUCCAUAUACUCAUGCCUGGUGCCCCAUAUUCUAUUUUGUAAAAAGCAUUAUUAAGAAUAGCAGGUUUCCCAACCCACUAAGGUAACACAAAUAGCCAUUUUUAAAACAGCAAUUAAUUGCCACAUUUAUUCAAAAUCUAGUUGAAACCAUUUAGCUUAAUAAAUUCAACAACAUUGAUUCACUUGAUCCAGUGAUACCAGCUUUUCAAAGUUUGAUAGCCAUUGACACCCCAUUACUCCCCUCCUGCCCCCUUCUCUCUUAGUGGAAUGCCAAGUAACCCCAGUGCCUCUGAGAAGGUACUACCACCCACUGUGGGAACCACUGGGCUAGAUCUUUCCUGUGAAAUAAAUGGCACUCGCAACGUUUUUGAACUCAGAUGGAACUCGGGAUUGAGUCAUUGUUUUAUUAAGCCACUUCUGUAGGAUUUAAGAGGACAAUUUAUUUAAUGACCUCAUUACUAGCUGACAAGUGACUACAGAUGAGACAGCACAAAGGUUAUUUGGCUACUACAGUAUACCUCAGUCACUACAACACAAAGUGAAAAACAUUGUCUUUAAGACCAUUGUCAAUGUUGUGUGGAUGGAUUGACCAACUGAGUUAAUCGCUCAGAUUUGAAAGUGGAGAAAGAGGCUUAUUUGAGUCUUGUAUUAUAGAACUUUCCUAUGAAAUUAUCAGUUGCUCUGAUUUACGGUUUCUUUUGGGUUCUGUGUCAGUGCAGGUUAUAAACUGUGUAAAGAAAACUUUCCUUUGAAGAACUUCAAAUGAGUGAAUGGUUAUAGGUGAACUAAAACAGUGAAGUCUGUUUUUUGUAACCCAGCUCAGAAGAGCACAUGUGUCACCUUAAAUGAGAACUGGAAUAAGAUCAGCCCCCUCUAAUGACUAUUCUACAUUCUACAUUCUAGCUUUAUUCAAUAAUUUAAGAAACUGUAACUUGGGCUGAAUUAGAUACAUGUAGGAUUACAUUUAUGCAACUAUGUGUUUUGUAAAUAGCUACUGCAGGGAAGGCUGAGUUGCCUCAAGAUAAUGGAGAGGGAAUUUUAACUCCUACCCUGCCAGGGUUUCAAGUAAAAUUGCCCCUCAGAAGCUACUAUUGGCAUUUCAUUUAAAAUUUAGAAAGCUUUUUGUAAAAGCAAUAAUAAACAUCAGCUUGAGUACAAUCACACAAUUAUCCUCUUUCCCAGUACCACUUGUUCAUGAUGUAGAGCUUCACUUACCCCUUCCUCCCUGACAGGGAGAGGGGAACCAUUUUGGGGGUUACCUUAGGUGCCAAAAUGUCUUGGGCCGACCCUGCUUUAUUGACGCUGUUAGAGAUUCUACAUGGCCCCAAGAUCUAUACCUUAAGAUGUCCAUCAAUACAGUUGUUGUUUAGUCGUUUAGUUGUGUCCGACUCUUCGUGACCCCAUGGACCAGAGCACGCCAGGCACUCCUGUCUUCCACUGCCUCCCGCAGUUUCGUCAGACUCAUGUUUGUAGCUUCGAGAACACUGUCCAACCAUCUCGUCCUCUGUUGUCCCCUUCUCCUUGUGCCCUCCAUCUUUCCCAACAUCAGGGUCUUUUCCAGGGAGUCUUCUCUUCUCAUGAGGUGGCCAAAGUAUUGGAGCCUCAACUUCAGGAUCUGUCCUUCCAGUGAGCACUCAGGGCUGAUUUCCUUAAGAAUGGAUAGAUUUGAUCUUCUUGCAGUCCAUGGGACUCUCAAGAGUCUCCUCCAGUACCAUAAUUCAAAAGCAUCAAUUCUUCGGUGAUCAGCCUUCGACGAUCAAUACAGUACUGACCUUUAAAAAUGCCUUGAACUUACACUUGUUACAGUUGGCUUUUACGUGAGGUAAUUUCUAGGUCACGGCUGUUUUGGAAUAUAGGCUUUAAUCUGCUGGUUUUAAGUUUGUUUGUUUUUUCAUAUGAGGUUAUUUUAUGCUGGCCUAUCAUGUUCUGGUAAUCCAUCCUUGCUGCUCACUGACCUAUAGACUGCCCUAGAAAUCUUUUAAGUACUGAUUUUUUAAAAAAAAAUCUUUGAAAUGCAGAUAGCAGUUUCUUGACCCAUUCUAUAAACAUAGGCUUUGUGCCAGCACAGAGGCAUGUUUGGAACUUUCUGAAGCUAAAUCCGUUGAAUUUUGUGUAAAGAACUCAUUUCCUUAAGGGGAAUUUGUGUCUUCACCCACAUACCUAAAGGAGCAGGGCAAGCACCAUCCUGCUCUGUUUUCUUUCAGCUGACACAGCAGCAGCAGCAGCAUGCAGGCCUGCUCUUAGGAGGCUUUUAAUUCUUCUCUCUUCAGCAACCUAAAGGCUUAUUUUAAGACCCUUUCUCCCCUCUUCAUUUAUUCUAUUCCCCCAUUGUGUAUCAUUGCAUUUUCUUUUCCCAGUUUUCCUCCAAGUCUCAUUCCUAUUGUGUAUAUGCAUAUAGCAUUUUUGAUUAAAAAAAACCCUAAGGUAUUCAAGAAAAGGUUGAACCCCUCCAUGUCCUUUGAUGAAGCUAUGAGAGACUUUAGUUUAAAUUGGUUACUUUUCUCCAUAUAAAGGUUGACCAAAAGAGAUGGCAUCUAUCAAGAGGAAAAAAAAGGGGGGGGAUUAAUAUACAGCAGUCUCCUCAGGGUACUUUGUAUAAAAAAGCAAGUUUAUAAUUUUAGACUUCCUAACUUGAAACAAAUGGCAUACUUUUGUUCUUUCAUGUUUGGAAAAGGACACACAAUAACAAAUAAUAAGUUGAAAAACUGACCUUGAAGCAAUAUAACAAAUAAAUUGAAAACCAAUGAGCACAGUUAUACCAGAGACCACUCUGAAAAGGCCAGUACUGUCUGCCUCAAGGUAAACCUUUCCUUAAACCUUUUCAACAGCAGUGUUAAUUGCUGAUCUGGGAAAAUAACAAUUUAUACCAGUGCAGGCAUUUUCAUCACCCCUUUGCUUGGAAAUGCCAUGAAGAUGGCAGCUACUAAAAUAUUGUACUGACUGGUGGAGAGUUUUAUACUACAAAGGUUGUUGGGUUUUUUGGUGCAUUGCUUAUAUCAUAGCACAGAUCUAAGGGAUUGUGGAGGAGAUAUACAUUCCUAAGAGUUCUUGACUGAAUUUAUUGAAAUAUAUUUUCAAGGAGAAUUAGACAAUAUGUUGCCGCCAGUGCUUCUCUUUGUUGCCUAGCCAUGUUGGAACUCCAUAGUGGUAAUGAUUCACAAAUGGGGUCCUCUUGAAGUUGGACGAGUGAAAUGGAUUGCAACAUGUUUUCAAUAAAGUAACAUCAAAGGAUGCAACUAUUGACCAGGAUUCCACUGGACAACACCCAAAUAUUUUUUUUUAUGACAGAAAAGCAAAUUUAAUGAAGGUUAGAGCAGCAAUAUUUGGCUUCUUACAUGGACAUCAUAGGCAUAUUGUAAAACUGGCCCUACAAAUGUUGCUGAACUACAAGUCCCAUUAUCCCUGACGACUACUUAUUUUAUAAAUAUAUUUUUAUAUCACCCUUCACAACAGUCACAGGGUGUUAGGUACCAUCCAAAGAUAAGUUUUAUGGUGAAUUCCCUUCUUUUGGUUGAGGUGGGUUUAAAGGGAGGUUUAGAACAUAGUUCCAUUGGGUAGGGUUUAUUUCGUAGCCUAUGCUAUGCUCCUAUUGUUUUUAGAUUGAGAUGAGGGGUUUGGUGGGAUUCUGGAGCAGUGUUUUUUAUAUUGUGGAUACUAUCCCCAAGCCAAGUCUCUCUGCUGUCAGAAGCAGCCACCCCUCCUCUCAGUUGCAAUGAUAACUAAUAAAGAAUAGAAAGGGAACCUUUCCCACGCGACACCGACACAAAAACCUGGCACAUAUACCAUGUAAAAGAAUGAAAGUUUACUACCCCCUUCUCUCUCCCCACACCACGCUGUCUCCCCAACUCUCUUCUCCCCCAACCUUAUACUGUAUAAAACAUCAAAGUCUCAUAUUGAAUAUAACUGAUCUGUAGAAAGGACUUUACAAUCUGAAAAUAGUGGCUAUGUAUGUACUUUUGUAACCCCAGAAAACCUUUAAUAAAAAAGCAGUUUUAAAAAACAGUCACAGGGUAGAGUACAACAAAAUAAAACACAGCAAAACAUUAAAAAAAAAAGAUUCACAUGAAAUUGUCAAGUAAUAACAGAGUAAGUUGCAUCAUACAUAAAACUGACUUCACCUAUCACAGCUCUCCAUCUCUAAAAGCCUAAUGUAAGAGGUGUCUUCACCUGUUGAAGUGAAUAUUCUGUGGGUUCAAGGCACACCUAAGAAGAUCAUUCCCCAGCCAUGGAGCAUCUACUGAAACAUGCUAGCUUGUUCUGUAAAUGUAUUUUUGACUGGGGCUGAUGAGAGUUGGGGUCCCAGAACAUCAAGGGGGUCAACACAGGUUACCAUUCCUUCUCAUAAAGGUUGAAUUCAUAGGACUAUGAAAACUAUAUCUGAUUGCAAUUUCACAAAAGCUGCUGUCUUUCUCCUUGUGGUCACACCAAAUGCACAAAUCAUUCAGAUCCUAUCUUCAGAAUGUGGGUAUGUUUGCUGAAAUGCAUUGUGGCAUCUAUUAAUCAUUUGAAAAUGGAGACAUGUCACACUGCGAAAAGAGAGGUGUUGGGCUGAGCCGUCUUUCCACCAUAUAAUCGAAUUAGAGCUAAUGAGAAGUCUGAAAACAGUGGGUGGACAAUGAGUAGUAGCAUGGCAGCGUUCAUUAUCAGGGCUGUUAUAUCCAGUUUGUUCGGUAAUUAAUAUUCUAAUGGGGAAUAUGAUGAAGGCAUACUGUGAACAACACAAACUGCUGAUAUAAAGGAACAGUGUGACUCCAAGCUCACAAAAACUGUUCUGAUUUUUUUUUUUUUUUACAAGAUGAAUCUCUCUUUUUUUAAGACCAAUAUCAUUUAAGGAACUUGUGAUGGCUUUGGCCGCUGUUACUAUUGAUGCAGCUAUGGAAGUUAAACAAAAUACUGGAAGCUCUGAGUGGGGAAUUCUUUACUCCUAAGUGAAAACACUUAACACCAAAAUGGCAACUAAAUAAAUGUGGUAUGUGCUUAAACUAUUGCUUGAAGAGUAUGAAUCUCAAGUCCUGAAUGCCUCCAAUAGAUUUUCAACUAUCAAACAUUGUUUUGUGAGUCCAUGACAAUUCCAAGCAAGAGAGAGUUCUGUUGGUUUCUUUUGGUUUGUUGCACGUUUCCCCCAUAUUUCCUCUGUAUGCCUUCUAUGAUAAGUUAUUAAGUUUGUAGUCUGGUAUAGAUGGGUGCUAUUACAGAGAGUUAGUAGGGUGAUACAGUGGUUUAUAGGAGGACUAAUGUUUCUUUUUAAUACGAAAACCAGAGGCUGUCCCCCCCCCUUUAUUUUUAUUACAACAAAGCUUAAUAAAAAUCUGCUUUCAGAUCGGGGAAAAAGCAUUAAUCAACUUCCAACUAAUGAUAAAUAUGUUCCAUUAUAGGAAGAAAACAGUAGAGCAGGUUUUGAGAGCAUGUGUGUAAUUAAUGAUCAGUAGUGUUCCCUUUAUGUCAAGAUGUUUAAAAAGCACCACUGGACAUAAUAAUCAUACCCAAUAAAUGAGAGACUGUGGCUGGAAAAUUGUUCCAAUAGAACAAAAAUGAAAGUCAAUAUAAGCCCUUGACUCGACUCAGCUCCUGAGAUGAAGUAGUAUUGCAGGUAUUGUCAUCUUUAUAAAAUUGACUCCACAUUUUCACAAGCCCCUUGGAUGUGCACAGCUCUGGAGUGCAAUACUGGAUGCACUUGCUUUGCAACUUUAAUUCUGCCCCCCCCCCCCCCUUGGAGUAAUUAUGACAAAGUGUACAAACAUCUGCUGUUGCUCCCCUCUGUAGUACCGGUAAUUCAGAUUCUGGAAUAAGGUCACUGUGUCUUCUAACUGGGAUUUUCUCUUCUAUUUGUUUGAGAACAAAUGUUGUAAAAUUGCUCAUGAUUCUGUGCCUGCCCUAAAGACUCUCUUCUUGAGGUCUCUAUUAAUAUCUGCUACAAGGUUACAGCACAUUUGGCUUGCAGACCACGUAGUAUUUCCAAAGGCACAUCAGUUUAGCUUUCUUGAUCCCUCCAGACAACUUCAAUUUUCAGUGUGAAUCCCUGGCCCUCUCUCUCCCUCUGAGUGAUAGACAGUGAUUGGUACAAGGGCAGCAGAAGUUCUCAGUCUUCUGUGCUCUGCUAUGGAAGUGAAUUCUGCUUUGCAAACUGGCCACCUCACAUGUGAUGAAAAUUGGCACCAUUUAGCAAUAACAGCAUGCCAGGAAUGAUGCACCUCCUCCAUUCGGGCAUAGCAUACCUACACACAUGUACAUCUUGCCUACAAGCCUUCAAAGAGACAUGCAACAUUAAAUAGUUAAAUAUUCAUUAGCCACUUAUUAGAGAUUGGGUCUAUCCUUGGAGGAUAGGCUUAUCAGUGGGCAUCAGCUAUUAUGAGCAUAAGGAACAUUCAUAUUCAGUAUGCUUCUGAAUACUAGUAGCUGGGGAACCACACUGGGAAAGGGCUAUUAUUUUUGUAUCUGUCUUGUGGACUUCUAAGAGGUAUCAGGUUGGCCACUGUGGGAAAGAAGGAUGCUGGACUAGAUGCUGGCUUGAUCCAGUAGGGAUCCUCUUAUGCACUUAAAUAUCCCAUCUGCUCCUUAGGAGUGGAAAACUGGGUGAAAACAUUUCACCAUAUCUUGAUUAAAAGUAGGCCUGGUUCUCUGGGCACUCAGGAAAAAACUAUCUCAAGGACCAGAUCCAGUCUUCAUAUCUCCACUCACAUACCCUACUUUGCUAGAAGCAGCUUUUUGAUUCUCCUUGAGAUAGAGACCACAAAUCCUAAAGAUACCCAACUGCUUUCUCCAUUGUUUUUCCCUCUUCGGAUGGGAAAAGCUCUAAGUUCUGCCAAGCCUAACCUGUCUUAUGAUCCUAGCCUUAAUCAACCUCCUGCCCUCCUGCUGUGCUGCCUGGGACUGAUGGGAGUUGUAUUCCAAAGCAGCUGAAGGUCACCAGUAGGGCUGAGCAAUAUCUGCUUUUCAACAUCACGGCAUAUCACCAGCUAAACGUCACGAUAUAAUGAUAUGCCACGAUGUCUGAAAUAAGGAUAGAGGCAUUGGCUGGCUUCCCAGUUUUUCCCACUUCAUGAUUUUUGUAUAUAUCACCCAGUCCUAACACAUAUCAUGAUUCACGAUAAAUUGCCAGGUCAAAAAUUAUGAAAAUGAUAUCACCCUAUGGACUUCAAACCAGUUUUGGAUGAUAUAUUGAUACAUCUCCCAGCCCUAGUCACCAAGUUGGCAAGGUCUGCUUCAUCCUAUGAAUGUUUUUUCAGAGCAAGUUCCAUUAGGUUCAGUGGGAUUUAACUCCAGGGUAAGUGUUUAGGAUUGUAGCCUAAAUUAGACAGCCAGCUUAACAGUAUCUGAAAAUACUGUUUCUUGUUUCAAAUGCUGUUGCGCAUGAUGAAAUUGCUAAUGGGUUGCUAACAUUUUAUCUGGCCUUUAGCUAUCCUUUUUAAACAGUGACACUGAGAUCCGCAUUUACCUUCAUUCUGUGAAAACUUUCAUCUGUUAAUUUCUACACACCGAGCUGCUGAGAAAAGCAGGCUAGGUCAAUUUUUCUCUGAUCAGUUAAGAAUCUCACUGAUUGCUAGUGAAGAUUGCGAAUAGGCUGGACCUGCAUUGAACUUAUCUGUAAAAAUAAAUGUGUAUGUGUGCUUUUGGAGUCAUGACAGAACUUGUGUACUGUCAGUUUGAUAUGACUUGAAAGAAAUGCAAGCCCUUGCAAAAACACAGCUACUUAUGCGUGCCUUAAUUUAGCUGGAUUUAAUUAGCCAGAUCUAAGUUUCAGCAUAACAAGCCAGUAAAACAAAACCUGCUUGGUUUUUUUGGGGGGGGCGGGGGGGACUUAUUUCCUUUUGCAUUUCCAAGACCUAGGCAUUCAACUUUCUGAAGUCUAGUGUAUACUAAAUAUACGGUUUUAAUUUAAGCAUUGUAAAUUUCUGCAUCUGUAUUAAAAGGAAAUGUUUUGUAUGUAGAAGGAAAUGUAUUGCAGGAGAUGGGUGUGGAAGACUGGAUUGAGAAAUUCCUUUUUUCAUCAUCUCAACAGGAUUCUUUGCCAACUCUCUUGAAUAUCACUUAAAUGCAGACCCAAAACUGUGAGAACACACCUUAGCCUAGUUUAUUUACUGAUGCCCUCAUAUGUGUGAGAGAAAAGAGUCUGCAGGAAGAUUUGGUCUGGAGGACCUCCCCCAACAAACAAACACAAAUGUGGAAUCUAAACCUGCUGUGAAAAUGCUUUAAAAAAAAGUUUUAAAAAUAUAUUGAAUUUGCCAUAAGCCAACCAUCACCAUCUAGAGUCACAUUUGUAAAGUGCACUUAAAACACGCUUAAAACGUUAUAUUUGCAGCUCUGUAGCUGAGUCCAUAUUCUGCUGGUGGUGUGGUGAACAAGGAGCUGGUGGGUGACUCUCCCAAAACUGAAAGGUAACAGUAAUAGUGGGAGUUCAUGACCUUUCCAAGUCAAAUCUCCUUUCACAUCCCCCCAAAGUUAUUUCUCCAAGUUUGUAAACAUUUUUUAAAAAUUGCUUUGCCUAGCACCAAUGCGGAUAAAGUCCAUCAUUAUUAUCUCAUAUUGCAAGGGAUAGGGUUGUGGCUGAGAGAGGUUAUAUCAGCUCUGUGGAGUAUUUAACUCCACUGGGUGGAGGGGGAAAUUAAAAUAGUGUAUGUCAACAGUGAAGUCCAGUCCAGCGUUGUUUAUCUUGGUGUGUGGAUGUGUGUGGAUGCUGGGUAAAUGCAGUGUGGGUGUUAAGUUUAUUUUAGCAGCAGGGCAAUUAAUUAAGGACUGGAGGGUGUCAGGAGGUAGGUCAAUUCAUAGGUGAAUAGCAGUUCUACCCAAUGAAAAACAACAAAGGACUGGGAGAUGGGGCUAACCUGGAAUACUAGUUUCUCAGAGGCCAGGUCUACUCAGACCUCACUGCAGCUCAGUCAUCACUUCUUCCAGCAAUGGUAGGCCAGUUCUCUGAUGCUAGUGAUGAAUGUUUGCAGUAUUACCCCUCCCCCCGGAAAAAAAAAUCCGCAGGUGUCCAUGCUAAUACCUCAUUGUAUCCUUCUCUUGUCGUCCUGUCCAUGCUACUCUGCACGCAGAGCUGCCAAAGGCCUUGCUCCUGCAUGUACAGUGCUUUGUAUAUCCACAGGACUGAACAUGUGCAUCUGUCACACAUAGGGAACAGAUUAGACAAUCCCCAUAGACAAGGAUAAUAGAUAGGAGCUGGUGGUUACAUUCUUGGUUAGGUUCAAGUGAGCCUGUAUUAAACUGGAGUGCUUAGCUCUUUAAAAAAUAAAAUAAAAAUUGCAAUUAGAUGAGCCUCCUCGGUACUGAAGACAUCUGAGUAUGCUAAAAUUAUAGUCAGAAUUCAAAAUAUUCUUCACACACUAUAUGAAAAUUAUGUGCUUGUGCAUUCUGGGAUUUAAUUUAGCGUUUGCUCUAUGCACCAGUAAUAAACCUAAUUGAACAAGUUCAGCAAUAUGGCAGAUGUCUUCAUCUAGUGUAGUUAUUUCAUAUUUGAAAAUAAAUUAGUGAAGUGUUUUAAGUGCCCCCCCUCUCCCGCAAACAGUGGAAUGGAUUUGCUUGGGAGGUAAUGGACUCUCCUUCAUUGCGAGGUUUUUCGCCCCCCAAUAUAAUUUUUUUUGGGGGGGGUGUUUCCAAAUGUUUACAAAUUAACUUCAAAUUAAAUAGUUAUAUUGCUUUAAGUUUUGAGAUUUAUACAAGUUACUUUCUUUUCAUAUAUACAUUUAUAAUUAUGUGUGUGUGUGUAUUUAUAAUAUAUACACAUACAUACAUUUAUAAAGCAAAUGAGCCCAUUUCAAUGCAUCAUUCCAUAGAGAAUGAUGUAUCUGCACUCCCAGGAGUUUGUCAGUGAUUGUGUUGAUAACACAAGGAAAGAAUGCUGCGAGAUUUGAACAACCGGUAACCUAUGCAGUCUUAUUGUCCAAGAAGUCAUCCUCUGUUAGUUUUUGGAUCAGCUUGCAUCACUUUAAGAAUAUGCAAGUGUUCAGCUUACAUACGACCGGACCAGUCACUUAAAUCUUGCCUAAACACAAAGCUAAGCUACUAACAAAUGGAAAAAGUUUAAUUGUUGCUGCUUGAUGGGGGCCCAGAUACAAUAUUUAAGUUCUUCAGUCUAUUGAUCAGUGAUGGCUCCAUGUUGCUGUGAUUACCCCUAAAGCCUGGUAUCACUGUUUAGCCAAUUGUGUUUUGUUCAGCUGUUGAUGAUUUUAAAUUCCUAGAUAUGCUUUUUUAAAAAAGAUUGCACCAGUUCAUUUUUUAAUGGCAAUAAGUGGAAAGCAAUGUCACUUAGGAUUGGUCGGCUAGACUUCUAGUUAGCCACCUGUUCUUCUGGCUGAGUAGAUUACAAGACCUGUACUCAAGGCACCUUCUGACUAUACAGUGGUACCUCGGUUUAAGAACAGUCCGAUUUAAGAACAAUUUGGUUUACGAACUCCGCAAAACCUGAAGUAGUUUCCUGGUUUGCGAACUUUACCUCAGUCUAAGAAUGGAAUCUGAACGGUGGAAGGGCACUGGCGGCGGGAGGCCUCAUUAGGGAAAGUGCACCUCGGUUUGAGAACUGUUUUGGUUUAAGAACAGACUUUCGGAACGGAUUAAGUUCAUGGGAUGCAGGUGGCGCUGUGGGAUGCGGGUGGCACUGUGGGACACGGGUGGCGCUGUUGGGACAUGGGUGGCACUGUGGGUUAAACCACAGAGCCUAGGACUUGCUGAUCAGAAGGUCGGCGGUUCAAAUCCCCGCAACGGGGUGAGCUCCCGUGGCUCAGUCCCUGCUCCUGCCAACCUAGCGGGAAGGUAAAUGGCAUCUCCGUGCGCUGCUCUGGUUCGCCAGAAGCGGCUUAGUCAUGCUGGCCACAUGACCCAGAAGAUGUAUGCCGGCUCCCUCGGCCAAUAAAGCGAGAUGAGCGCCGCAACCCCAGAGUCAGCCAUGACUGGACCUAAUGGUCAGGGGUCCCUUUACCUUUACCCUUGUAUGUACCACUGUACAUACAAGUAGGCAGUAAAAAUGCUGAUUUAAAAAAAAGUUGCAUUUUAUUUCGUACUUACCUGUCAUGCUGUUACCAUUAUAGUCUGUUUGUUUUCCAGAUACACUGUCCACAAAUGUAAGACUUUGAUCUUACUUUGGAAUCCAUGAACAUUUUCUUUUAAAAACUAAUAACAAUCCAAGCAGUUCCACAUUGCAACUCUGUGACCCAUGAGUAUCAAACACUGAGAUUUCAUGUUAGCAGUAAUUUAUGCUCAGUGGGGAAUAAAACGCCAUGAGUUAUUGAAUUUCAAUAAUUAAGUCCAGGCCGGUGGCCCCUGUGCUCCAUUUACAGACGGUACAUGCCCUGGCUGUUUUUCAAAUAGCACAGCCCAUUUCCAACCCAUGCAAUUUAGCAUCUGUGUGUGUUUUCCUAAUCCAGUUUCUGUCACCUUUGUGAAUUAUUUCCAGAAAUGUUUUUCAUUUUAAGCACGUAUGCUCCUAUCCACUCAAUUUCCUCUCCCCUCUGGCAAUAUAGUCCCUCUGAGGACACAUAUUUAUUUAGGGAGGGAAAUGCUUUCUGGCAGCUUCUCUUUAAGCUUGGUAGCUAGUCUUUGUUGAAAAUACUUUGAGAAAUGCACUGUACUUUUCCUUAAAGCCAGCCAGGGGUGAGGUGGCAUUGAAUACCUGCUAGUUUAGUAACCACCAUGCAUGACACCAUCUUGAAAAAAAUGGCCCUUAGUUUCCAUUUUGGAGAUGACUGGUGAUUUGUAUAGAUUAUGCCUUGCCAAGGAGCUGCGAGCAUAAGCAAAUUUGUACCUUGCAGUAAUGUUUUCUUAUUAUUAUUGUUGUUGCAAAUAAGUGGCAUUGGUUUCGGUUCUGUCCCCUUGGUCUGUGCAUGAUAGACAGCAAAUUGACCAGGUUUAGCUGCAAGAGCUAAGGCAGCUAAACCAUCAUGGCAAGACUUCAUAGGAGCAAAUCUGACUGCUAUCAGAUUCGUAUCCAGUGAUAUAGAUUAGGGCCAAACGGUGGUGCUGUGGGUUAAACCACAGAGCCUAGGACUUGCUGAUCAGAAGGUCGGUGGUUCAAAUCCCUGCGACUGGGUGAGCUCCCGUGGCUCGGUCCCUGCUCCUGCCAACCUAGCAGUUCGAAAGCACGUCAAAGUGCAAGUAGAUAAAUAGGUGCUGCUCCAGCGGGAAGGUAAACGGCUUUCCGUGCGCUACUCUGGUUCGCCAGAAGCAGCUUAGUCAUGCUGGCCACAUGACCCGGAAGCUGUAUGCCGGCUCCCUUGGCCAAUAAAGCGAGAUGAGCGCCGCAACCCCAGAGUCGGCCAUGACUGCACCUAAUGGUUUACCUUUACCUUUAAAAACAGUGUUAAAUGUUUCUUUGUAUUUAAAAUUAACAUAUUUUUAAAAAAUACAAAUAGCUGCUGGGGAGUGGGUAUAUUUGGAUUGCAGCCAGUUGGGGUGGGGGGGCGAGUUUAAUCCCUUCACCGCUCCUCUGGUCCUUAUGAAUAUUGCUCCCUUGCAGAGCCUAUUUACAUUGGAAGAAGUCUCUCACUGGCACCAAUGAAGGGUAAUAUUAUUCAUUAUUAUUAUUUCCUAAAUUUAUAUACUACCCUUCACCCAAAGAUCUCAGGGCGGUUCACAACCUAAAAAUUGUAAACCACCUUGAGUGCGUUGCCAGAAGGGCAGUAUGCAUUAAUACAGUGAACAAUCAACUUUUACUUCUUAAUUAUAAAAUAAUCACAAUACCCAGACAUUUCCCAAUGAAAUAGUUCCAGGAGAGGAAAAGUUAACCCACCUGCCCACUUCCUGCUCUUAUCCUGAUAACUGGCAGGCAAUUCAACUGCUACUCUUUGCAUUUCCUCUUUUGCAUUUCUUUGCAUAUUAAAUACCAAGAUGUGUUGAACGUGGUAGCGUGCUUGGCUCUGUGUCUGGGUCCCUAGGAAGCAUUCCUUUCUCCUGUACUCCACUCCUUGGAGAGGAGAAGUAUCUCUGCCCCAGCCUGGUAGGUAGUAGCUCUGCAGGACUGUUUCACAGUAUGGAGUAGCACUCCCCCCCCAAAAAAAUGUGUGGGGUACCUCUGCCCCACCCCAUGUUGCUGGACAAGGACUGCCAUUGCGUAUCAUUGGCGAUGUGCUAAAUCUGCUCCUACUGAUGGGAUUGGCUCUGGCGGCAACCACUGUUUUUACCUUUGCAGCUUGGCUUCUUCCUGGGUCAGAGCACUGUGAAGGUGACUUCAUAGGAAAAACACACACUGUGAAUGCUCUCUAUCUCAGCCAGGCCUUCCUGGUUGCCCUAGAUCUACAGAUAGUACGUUCACAGUAGGGAACCGCUACUGACUCAUCAUAUGUAGGGAUGCUAACACAUUUAGGGCAUUCAAUGAAAUUUCACAGUUUGUUUUGAAUAAGGUAUAAGUGAUCAUAGGGUUUCUUUUUAAACUUUCUGUUGUGUGAUGUGCACAGUUCUAGACAAUGCAAAGCCUACACCAGAAGGCUUGAAAUCCCAAUAAAAGUAAAAGACAGGAAUUUUAUGUUUUUUCACUUCAUGCCUUUUAUGAACUUUGGAACUUUUCUGGACAGUGUAUACACAAUAUUGUGUUCAAGUUAUUUUAUUUUAUUUUUUUAAAAGAAAGAUUGCAGUGUUCGAAAAUGCUGGAUUUCUUUUUGAAUAGUGGCAAAAGUUCACUCAUACAUGCCAAGGUUUUCUUUUUCAUUUUUCAAUAAUACUGAGCUGUUGCAUUCAGAUCUCUUUUCCGUGAAUGUCCUGUCCUGUUCUAUAAAGAAGUUUUUUUUCCUAUACUAUACUUAUCUUUUUUCCCUUUCUGUACACAGAAAAUGCUUCUUUGAAACAUAAGUUUAUGCAAUGUCCGAUGCUCACAGAUUUUUGGAGGAAUGUAUUAAGAUGUAGAAAUGUAUUAAGAUGUAGAAAUUAAGAUGUUGCAUUCCGCUCUUGUUACGGACUUUCAAGGUACGAACGCGGCAAACCCGGAAGUGUUUACUUCCGGGUUUGCCACUUGUGCAGUUGCGAUCUGCGCACUUCACGCAUGCACAGAAGCACUCGAUCACGCCACACACAUGUGCAGAAGAGGUGCUCUAGUUUUGGACUUUUUGGGGUGCGAAUGGCACCCCGAAAUGGUAACUAGAGGUACCACUGUACGUUGCGGGAGAUUAAAUUGUCAGAUGAUAAUAUUAUCCUACACCACAUACCAACUAUAUGUGGUUUGACAGAGGGUCAAUAUAAAUGGUCUCUUUGUGCCCCUACUUCUGCCAAAAGACUGAUAUUUAAAAAUAACACCAUGGCCCCCUUUGAACGAUGGGUAGAAGAUAUGACAACUCUUGCAGCAUACAGACGGAUUGCUUUUAGAUGUAGACUGUAUAUGGCUAAAUAUCAGGGGUUGUCAACCUGGUCCCUACUGUCCACUAGUGGGCGUUUCAGGAUUCUAGGUGGGCGGUAGGGGGUUCUACGGCACAAGCUGAAUCCUCCUUCCAUUGAGCACUGGUGGGCGGUAAGGAAAUUUUACCAUCAAGAAAGAUGCAUUAGUGGGCGGUAGGUAUAAAAAGGUUGACUAUCCCUGGCUAAAUAUAAUGAUAUUUGGAAUUCAUUUAUAAAAAGCACAAUGACUUGUUAAUAAUUUUAUACCCACUAGAAUAAUCAUGAUACUUAUAUACAGUACCCAUAUUUUGUACUGUAUCAGUUUCAAACACAUUUUUCUUUUUGUUUCUUUUUGAUUUUUCUUCCCCCUUUCCACCUGAUUUCUCUACUGAUUUUUUUCCAAUAAAAUAUAAAUAUAAAUAAAACAUACAUGUUAAAUCUGUACAGUCCCCAGAACACCAUUAAUUAGUUAAAAGUGAUUGAACACUUACUUUACAGCACUUUCUUUUCCCUUGCUUUACAAUAGAAGGCUGUUGGGGUGGGCAUGAUUUGUUUACAAUUGGGGAGAAUCAGGAUGUGGACUUGUGGAUUUCACAAAGGCCUCUCCUACCCUUUUCUUCAAUAAAUUAAACAUUUAUUGUUUAUCUUAAUAUUUAUUCAAUAGCCCACCCUUUCUCCCAAAGAAGCCCAUUUGUAUUUACUUUAUCUGCUGUAGCAAUAAUGACAAAACAUUACUGGUUUGUUUGUUUUUAACUGCACAGGGUAUUUGUUUUGCUUAAGGAAAAGUAUAUCCCUCGCCCCAAACUGUGUUUAGAAUACUUAGGACAGAGAACUGGUUUCUAAUGGUGAUCCCAUCUUCAUCCCCAGACCCUGAAAGCAUGAGUCUUCUUGUGAAGAUGAGGCAACCCAUGGGGGGGGGGAGUAGUGACAACAUACUGUAGAAAUGUAAGGGUGGGUAGGGGACUUUUUAAGCAAAAGUUGAUGUCAGGAAUUGUAUUUAUAUCUCUUGUAAAAUAAGUGAGUCAUAGGAAGCCUGCAGCUCUGAAGGUGCAACAGUGAAGGUGGGGUGGAUUGGCAAAAUGUUUGUAAAAUCAGGGCUAGCACAGGGCAAUAGCCAGGGCUUUUUUCCAGCCAGAACCACCUCUCAGGUGGGCGCUGUUGCCAUUCUAAGAGAACAUAGUGAGUUCUCUUUUUCUAGGUUGGGGGGGGGGGAGCACUGGCAAUAGCAAUGUAACAAGCAAUGCCUAUUUCAGUAAGCCUAAUGCCUAUUUUAGAAAGUGUUGAGUUUUAAAACCAUCUGUAACAACAGAGUUCCCAUCAGCAUAAAUAACUGUGUGUUGAGGUUCAGGAUUCCUUUAUUGGUUGGUUGGUUGGUUGGUUGGUUUUUGUUUUAAGUAACUUGACUGGCACUCCUGGUGCCCCUUUUCAUUUUGAUGCGUAUCUUUCCUGCUCGCACUAAACACUUUUUCUGCUGUGUUCCAAGGAUCUAAGUAAAGCAGCUCUCUGCAGUUCCCUUGCAGUCUGUUACUAGAGUAAUAGUACAUUUAUAGUCCAAAAUGGAAAGCAAUGAUAAUUUACAUUCAACCAGGGAUCCAGAACUGGUGGGCUGUGGAUCUCCUGAGGAUCACAAUCUCCUGCACCCCUUAAGGAGGGGUCUGUGGGGGACGUGGUGGCAAACCCAGGGAGCAAUACAGGUGACCUGACCCACCCCUCUGUACCUUGUAUUCAAACUAUCCCUCCAAACUAAAUAGAAGUCUAAUGAAGUAGCAAGCAGGACUUAAACCCUCAAUGGAAGUGAUAUAGCAGAAGGGAUUGCAUACCCUCCAACAUUUCUCCGAUGAAAAUAAGGAUGUACUAUUCCAUAGUAGUAGUAGUAGUAGUAGUAGCAGCAGCAGUAGUAAUUUUAUUAUUUAUAUCCCAUCUGACUGGGUUGUCCCAGCUACUCUGGGUGGCUUCCAACAUAUAUAUAUAUAUAUAUAUAUAUAAAAUAAUAAUACAUUUUUUUAAACUUCCCUAUACAGCGCUGCCUUCAGAUGUCUUCUAAAGGUUGAACAGUGGUACCUCAGGUUACAUACGCUUCAGGUUACAGACUCCACUAACCCAGAAAUAGUACCUCGGGUUAAGAACUUUGCUUCAGGAUGAGAACAGAAAUCGUGCUCCGGCGGUGCAGCGGCAGCAGGAGGCCCCAUUAGCUAAAGUGGUGCUUCAGGUUAAGAACAGUUUCAGGUUAAGAACGGACCUCCGGAACGAAUUAAGUACUUAACCCGAGGUACUACUGUAUAGUUAUAUAUCUCCUUGGCUCAGGGGUUGCAUGACUCCAUACCCACCAAUAUUUCUCUAAUGAAAAUAGGGAUGUCCUAAGGAAAAGCAGGACAUUAAGGGAUCAAAUAAGAAACUGGUAUGGCUUCUGUGAAGCCAGGACUUUCCCUGGAAAAUAGGGACACUUGGGGGAGGGUCUGUCAUUGUAUUUGGCAGAACCACACUGCAGAAUUAUGUUCUGUUUUUAGAGGGCAGAAAUACCAGAACUUUUUUGCCGUUUGACAGAAGAUUAUUUUCUUGUUUAAAGGUUACAGUCUUUCCUGUUAAAUGUUGCAGCUGCUAUUGGGAAAUCUGCAUGGCAAGCUCUGUAUUUCCUUGGGGUUUUAUGCUGUCGCUUUCCCCAUUUUGGCUAAUCAGUCCACCGUGCUACAUGAUUGCAGAAGUAAUUCCACAAUGUGCUUACAAGCCCAUUUACAUGCCUGGAGACCAGGGGCUUUUCCAAUAGCAGCCUACAUUUCAGGUUUUAUCUUAUGGAUUCUCUAGGUGGAAUGUUACUCCAUUAUGGUAGCUAGAAGACAAGGUCAGCAGCUUUGCUUGACUAAGUGGAAUGAGUAAGAUAAUAGGAUUUUGACUGAUGUGUGUGUUGUCCCAAGGGCUUAGAGAUCAUUGGUUUCUUGAUGUUGUGAGUCAUGACCGACAGUCAGUCAUGCAGUGAACACUGAUUUCAACCCCUGUAAAUUAUUUUGUUUUGUUUACAAGUCUUUUUCCUACUGGUUUCCCGAAAAUAAGAAGCAAAUGAAUAUGGUUAGAACCUACAGUUGGGAAUUGCAAAUCACACCUUAUUGUUGUAAGGUCUGUAAGGUCAAAGAGGGGGAAGAAGGCUGCUCUACAGCUAAGCACAGUAACGGCAAGAAUUAUUACUAGUACAAGAACAAUUACAUUGAUGCUGCAUAGUUAUAGACACACACAGGCAAAGAAUUCCAACCUCUUACACAUGUGCCGUGGUUAUUAUUUGCAAUCAGCUGAUCAUGACCAAAGGUGUUAAAGCUGUAGGAAGGUCCAUUCUACCUCGUAUCAGACCCUUCUCAAAAUAAAUAUCAUGGAGGAAAAGUCCAGGAGAAGCUUUACAUGUGCAAGUUCUCAAGUUCGGUCCCUGGCAUUUCCAAGGACUGGCUCCCAAGAAGCCUAUCUGAGACCACAGACAAUUGCUGCCAGUUGGGGUAGGCAAUACUGGGAUCAAUAAACCAAUGUUCUGACACUCAGUAUCAUCGAAUGAUGAAAAUAGGACACCAAAUGACCUUACCUCCCAUUGAGAAUGAUUGCCAUCAUAUAUGGAAGCUUCGGUUGGUGAGUCCAUAAUGUGACAAAAAUGGAUGCAUCUUUCCUGGGUCUGAUCUGCUGCUUCCCUGGGACCAAAUGUCAUUGUACUUUGUGUGUUCACUGUAUAGGCCAGGGGUGAGGAACACUGGACCUUCCAGAUGUUGCUGAACCAUAACUCCCAUCAUCCCUGGCCAUUGGCCAUGCUUGAUGUUAUAGUUCAGCAACAUCUGGAGGACCAAAGGCUUCCCACACCUGGUACAGGAGGAAUAUAAAGUGGUUUGUUGUUUGUGUAUGACAAAGAUAUGAGUAAAAUGGAACUAUCCUAUACGAACCAGAGCUGAACUCUAUGAACAGAAGUCGCUGUAUAUAUUUUUCUUGUUUAAGUUCCUUAAGAUAUAACUAUUACUAUCAAUGAAUGUUCUGGUGUUUCUACUUGGGAGGGGGGUGUAAUGAAAAAUGUUCAUCUUAAAAACUUUUAACAAAAUACUUUGUAUAUUUUAGAGCUUGAUGCAUAAACAUUUUGUUCACUCAGACUCAAAGCAAUAGCAUUGGUUUUUGUUUUGUUUAUUUUUACAUAUUUCCACAAGGAGCUAUGAAGAGACAAAUCUAGGGUGCUGAGAUGUUGUUACUCUGCAAAUCAUUCAAUGUAGUCUUAAUUAUCCCUAAUCUCUCAUUUGUUUCCUUCCUGGUUUGUCAUGACAUGUUUCCUGAGAUGCACUAUCAUCUAUCUAUCUAUAAUCUAUCUAUAUGGUGCAAGGUUGCUGAUCAUAUUUGAAGAAUGGGGUUUGCUGAACUGCUUCACCCAAGUCAUUUUCUCAGUUUAUACCUCAGGUUGACAUGAAGCUAAAAUCUUGCUCUAAUCCUUGGAGGGAUAUAAUUACACAAAUAAAUGAAUGACGCUUGAAUCUUUUGCUUUAUUGCUCUCUCACUCCUCCACGCAGACUUAUAUUGCAAACUCAUGCGGAAGAUGCAGGGGAACCAUUCAGAUAUGCUUCCUGCUGUUUAAAAACAACCAAUCAGAAGUCUGACUAAUGCUGUGUUAGCUGGUUGUGAUUUUCAAAUGAUUAAGAACAAGCUCCAUUAGUUCCAGAGAGGUUUCAACAGAGUUUUUAAAGUGGAUUUUCCAGCUUCACAAAUUCCCCAUCCAUCGCCCCACACUGAAAAAAAACCCAAAGCCAAAUUAACACAAAGUGUUCUUUGCGCCUUGCUUGCACCCUGUAUCAGUGGCGGUUUCUACACAGGAGUCAGUCGUUCUUAUUGACUAUGCAGUAACAAAUAAGACAGUCCGGUGGCCCUUGCAGCAAUGAAGAUCGAAACUCAACGACACAACAAUACAAGGGCCAUUGCAUCAUCCUGAAAGCUAUCUCACCUAUUCCUGCUGCUUCAUCAAACUAGUGCUGCCAAAAUUGAUACCUCUCAAACACUUCGCUUUUCCAGUUUUCACCAAGAUUGCCUGUUAAGUACAACUCUGCUGGUGGCAUAUGCCUGUUCAUUUUAUGCUGCAGUCACUUGGGCCCUCAGUGCAGUCUUUCAGUAUUGACUGCCAUCAGGGUGUAGUUCCAGACAUCACGUGGUAUUAUUCUUUGGGUAUUUGUAGGCUCUGUGGUGGAGGGCAUACAUAUGAGUAAAGAAAGAGCAAGGUAACCACUCCUUCCCCUCCCUGACUAAAAACAUCCCUGUAUCAUUGUGUCAGACACAGACCUUGACUUGUGCUUGUUCUAUCCCAGGCUAUUGUUCACCUCUGCCACCUGGCAUAUAUUUAUGCAACGCCCAUGAGGGUCAUCUUGCUCAGCCUUGGUUCUGCUAUGUUCUUACAGCGAUGAGUCACUGCCCAUUCUCUCUCAGUUUAGAAAAAUAUCACAGGACAGGCCUCAGCUUCAGGGCUUCCAGGUUCCUCAUCUCUCCUCCUCCAACCCGUCUCCUCUCAGUUUACAACAGCUUGCAAGCACAGCACAAGCUGAGCGAGGCUCCCAGGCUGACAUCGACUAGGCCAAACAGACUGAGGCCCACAAGGUUUCCAGGCCGCCUAUCUGAAAAAUACCUUUGAAUGAGAUAAGCUUACCGAUAAACUGGCCUUGCAGUGGAUUUUCAAAAAGCAUUCCUCAGCAAAGCAAUAAAGUUGCUGCUUCAGCCAGGUGACUCAGUGGCGUCAAAGCACAGCCAGAGCCAGGGCAGCAGUAGGGCUCCCCAUUUGGCAGAAUGGUCUGCUCAGCGUCCUCUGCCAGAGUAUUUUCUCUAUGUCUGCACAGUCCAAGUUGCGAGCCACUGAAGUGUUCUUUUUCAGAGGAUUUGGAGAAAGGAAAAUAGUGUGCAUAGCACUCUUCCAAGAAAGCCAAAGGCAAACGGAACCUGUUUUCAUUGGUCAUAUUUUGGGCAUUGAAUGUGUUGACAGUGUGUUGUACAGUGGUACUCGGAUUAAAGACGCUUCAAGUUACAGACGCUUCAAGUUACAGACUCCGCUAACCUAGAAAUAGUUACUCGGGUUAAUAACUUUGCUUCAGGAUGAGAACAGAAAUCGCAAGGCGGCAGCGGCAGCGGGAGGCCCCAUUAGCUAAAGUGGUACCUCAGGUUAAGAACAGUUUCAGGUUAAGAACGAACCUCCAGAACAAAUUAAGUUCUUAACCCGAGAUACCACUGUAUGUACACGCUAUACAUUUUAAGUGUCUCAAAAGCACACUACCAUACCCCAAGAAUGAAGACAAGAGUGCCUGGCGUGCUCUGGUCCAUGGGGUCACAAAGAGUCAGACACAACUAAACGACUAAACAACAACAUACCCCAAGAAUCUUGGCAAGGGUAAUUAACCUUCACAGAGCUACAAACUACAAUUCCUAGGGUUGUUGGGUUUUGGGGGGUGGGGGUGGAAGGGAGACUUUAAAUAUACAACUAUAGGCAACCAAUGUCAAAUUCUUUGCAGGGCCCCCCAACUUAUUGUCAUGAUCCUCACCAAUACUUGUUGCCAAGCCCCAUUGUUCCAACCUCAAUACCGUAAUCUACAUCCUUAGACAACCAAGUCUAGACGUCUAAUUUUUAUCUAACUCUGAGACGUGGGUCACCCAACCUUUGCUAAAGUGGGUUGCCCACUCAGUUCCUGAAAAAAGACAUUGAAUAUGAUUUGUUCAAAACCAAAGUCCUUGGCUUUUGCCAAUGUUAGUCCUUUUUUUAAUACAAACUAAUGGUUUUAGGAGCAAUCUACCUUCUUGCCUUCUUUGGGUUGUGUAUAUUGCAGUAAGUGGAAAACUGACCUCCACUCCAAAUCUUCCACCCUCUCCAUAUCAACUAUACUGUGUAUUAUUGUUGUAUGUGUGAGAGAGAAUUCAUUAGUGCUUCUUUCUGUAAACUCCUGCAUUGACCAUUUCCCCACAAUCAUCACCACCUGGUGGCUGUGAACAGCAAAAACUUCCUAAUGUGAAGUUUUGUCAUCUCAGUCUUCCAAAGAAAAUUUUACAACACAGUACAAUUUGCUCCAGAAGAGUGGCUGCACUAUUCUAUUGCAGCAAAACAAAACAAAACAAAAAAAGAGUCUUGUGAAACCUUAAAACUAUCAUUGCCACAAUAAUAUGUGCUAAUAUUUUAAGGUGCCAUAAUACAUCAACUCGCCAGUUAGGUGUGCAGUGCAAUGCUUAUGUCUUUCUUUAUAAGUCAGCCCUUCUGAGUUCUGUGGGACUUGCUUGGAAUAAGUAUGAGGGGGUUUAAAGUCCUAUGACUUAAGUAAACAUAUACUUUACGGCGCUGUUUUUCUAGAAAAGAGGUGCCAGAACUCACCUCGAACGCCUCCCUUGUUCUCUUAUAAUGGCAAUGGCACCCACCUGAGAGGUGCCAGAACUGAGUUGCAGCAAGUUCCAGCUGAAAAAAGCACUGCUUGUGAAUGACAUUUAAGCACAAGAAUUUAUAAAAUAACCAGUUUCCAUUUUCCUGUAUGAGGAAGAAAGAAAUGUUCAGUACAUAGAGCUUAUGGUUCAUUGCAGAUGUCAUUAGCAACACUAUGUGUAGGGUGCACAUUUUAAAUUCUGUAACGUUUCAUAAUGGCUAUCAUCAUCAGUACAUUAAAUGCCAUCAACACUUUUUGCUAUCCGCAGGUUGUUGCCAUCGUUAUGGAUAUGUUUACAGAUGUGGAUAUUUUUAAAGAAAUUGUAGAAGCAUCUACUAGGGGAAUUUCAGUGUAUCUUCUACUUGAUGAAUCUAACUUCAACCACUUUCUGAAGAUGACAGAGAAACAAGGCUGUCAAGUUCAAAGGCUCAGGGUAAGUAAUUUGUUCGGUGAGAGAGGAAAAUAUUUGGCACACAAGUGCUCCAAAAUAAUAAAUUGACAUGUUAGUUGCAAAAACUGAAUAUAGCAAUGUCUGUAAGGAAAAACUUUCUCUGGGGCUUGCAAAUAUCCUACUGCACCUUAAAAGCUGCCUUUGCAGUGAUACUGACAAGAGAGCGAGAUCUUUCUAACAGCACAAUCCUAUCUGUGUUUACUUGGGAGUAAGUCACACUGUGUCCAAUUUGAGCUUUACCCUCCAAUAAGUGGGUUAAGGAGUGUGACCUGACACCCUUUCUCAAGUGCUCAUUAGUAAAUUCCAUUGAAAUUAAUUGGAUUUCUUUCUGAGCAAGCAUGGGCAGGAUAAAGGUGUGCAGCUGUAAUUGCUUGCAAUCUGAUGGGCUUUAUCUGGGACGUGCAGACAGUGCACCCCAGGAUCUCCAGGGAGCGAGCUGCUCAAAACUGUUGAUGCAAGGAAGUGAGCAAUGAUGGGAGCAAAAAGAAGGAGCCACGGGCCUUCAUCUCCUUCUGGAAGUAGUGUGUGUUUAGCCCAGAGGGAAAGAGCAAAUGAAUGGGCAGGAGAAACAGCAAUGAAGUGGAGCUGGGGCUGCCGUCCUAAAGAUAUCUUGCCCAAUAAUAUUGAGUUGGAAACGUGGAUAAAAUUAUGGAAGGAGGGUUUGAGAUUUACUGGAUGUAUGGCUUUGAACGAGAAUGUAUUAAAAAUGAUGUAUAGAUGGCAUUUAAUGCCAACAAAAUUGGCUAAAAUGUAUAGAAAGAGAGAUAGAAGAUGUUGGAAAUGUAAAGAAGUAGAUGGCGAUUAUUUUCAUAUGUGGUGGACCUGCGAUAAGGUUAAACAAUUUUGGGAAUCAAUUUAUAAUGAACUUAAAAAGAUAUUUAUGUAUACCUUUCCCAAAAGACCGGAAGCCUUUUUGCUAGGUCUAUUGGGAGGGGAGAUUAAAACAAAAGAUCAGAAUUUGUUUAUGUAUGCCACUGCCGCCGCAAGAACCCUACUGGCCCAGAAAUGGAAAACACAAGAUAUACCAACCAUUCAGGAGUGGCAGGUGAAGAUGACAGACUUGCCAAAUUGACAGGGAGGAUCCGGGACCAAGAAGACCAGAGAUACAAGAAUAAUUGGAGUAAAUUUAUUGAAUACUUAAAGGAGAACUGUAAAAACUUAAAGACACUAGCAGGACUGGAAUAAUACCUUCAAUGUAAAAUAGUAGUGAUAUAAGAAUAAUAUACACGAUAAGAAUGUGACAAAUAUACCAAUUGCAGGGAGGGUGGGAAGUCAAGACUCUGCAGAGUCAAAGGGAAUAUAUGGUAACAAUAAGGAUUGUUGAAUAUUUAAAGAAAAUAAUAAAAAAGAUAUCUUGCCCAAGAACCGAACAAAACCUGGAGUCAAUAGCAUGGGUGAGAAUAGCGAGGAGAACUGGGGGUGGGGGUUUUUUGCCCCCUUCCAUCCAUUUGCAUCCAUUCUUUUGAAGACACACAGAAGGUAUUUCCUUCUUAAAGAACUUUAGUAACCAGAAUCCAGUGCUGUGUGAUUAGAACAGCAAUUGCAUGUUCUGUUGGCUCUCUGAUUUUAAAAAGAAAUGCUUUAUGAUCUUCAAAUGGAACAUUCCCGAGGAUACCAGCUUCAAGCUGCCACAAGGACAUUUCACAAAUACAGGUUUUAUACUGGCAAAGAGAUAAACAGGCUGUAUCUCCAUGCGGUCAAAUUUUAAUUGGCUACUGUGGUAUCAUUGCACUGAUCUGACCCAACUGCCCUUAACUGAGGGUGUUCCUGUUUGUUUUUUUGUUUUGUUUUUUUAAUAGGUUCCUGUUUUUCCCCCACACACUGCUGUGUUGGUUUUACUCCUAUAAGUCACUUGUGUUGCACCUCUUAUAGCAAAUUGUACGCAAUUAUAAUGUAUCAGGGUGACUUAGGCUGGCUUGUAGUUGACCAAUUAUUUGGGUGGAACCCAUGAAGCAACACCAGCUGCUGCGUGAAGCUCCUUAGUAGUGAGGCAAACCUUAGUAAAAUAAUAUUUUUAUUUUAUGCUGCAAAAAAUUACAUACCACAGUUCUAGGGUGGUUUACAAAGAAAAUAAAAAUAGAAAAUAGAAAAAAAGUUAUCAUCCCUUUGCACUCUCUGAAAAUCUAUCUCAGAAGGUUAAGAGACUCUCUGGGACAGUGUCAGAGCUGCUGUCUGGAGCUGCUGAGGACGGGAGGAAUUGACAAAAGUGGCAAGUCCUCUUCCAUCAGCAAGAUCCCUUCAUUUGAUCAAAAGACUAUGGUAACCAAAAGAGCAAAUACGUUUUGCCUAUCAAAUAUAUGCUGUACAAUGGGGUGAUUAACCAGGAAAAGCAUAUAUGAGGGUCGCUCAUUGAAAAUGUUGGUUUAGUAUGUGGCAGUGAGAAAUUCCAUGUUAGAGAGCCCUAGGAGAGGAACUGAAAAUAAGGCUGGUGAUAUAAUGCCAUUAUAUAAAUCGAUGAUGUGACCACAGCUGGAAUUAUGAGUAAUAUCUGACUAAAUCAAGGUAGAAGUAAAUGGAUUUACUUAUCUGCAUUGAUUUUAGUGUGUCUGCUCUGAGUACGGCUUUUCUGAAUAUCACUAACUAUGGCCAGUUCUGGUCACCACACCGAAAAAAAUGAUAUUGUAGAGCUGGGGAAAUGGCAGCAAUGGGCAACCAAAGGCUGAAGGGUGGGACUGACACUACUUCUUCACUUAGUAACUAACUAAACUGCGGAAUUUGCUUCCGAAGAUGGCUCUGAAAAGAAAUUAAACAGAUUCAUGGAGGGCAAAGCUAUCAGUCUGCCUACAAGUCAUGAUCAUUCCAGAAAUAGAUGUAGUAUGCUAUUGCCUUCAUGCCUCAGUUACGGGGUACCUUGGACAUCUGGUUCACCACUGUGGGAAAUGGGUUGCUGGCCUAGAGAAGCCUUUGAUUCAGCAGGACUCUUCUAAUAUGUUUCUAUUCAUAUGUGUAGUACCAGAGCACUAUGGGCUUAUCUACACUUACCUUUUCCCCUACUCUUUCCAGGCAGAGAUCUGUGUUUUAAUGCUCAGUCCGUGAGCAUUGUCUUUUUGUUGUUGUUUCCCUAAACUUUCUCUGUGGAAACCCACUCUCUAAAGCUGAAUCAGAGCAAAAGUCAAUUUGGGUUUUGCACAGAUUGAUGCUUCCUCUGAUAGAAGUUUAAAGAGUGUUUUUUGGGUUAUUUGUGAGGAAAAACUCUGGGGCCAAAAAAAGGAGGCACUUUAAAUUGCAGCCUGGAAAGAGCAGAGGAAAGAUAAGCAUUGAUAAACCCUGUGAUCAGCCUCAGCUAUCGGUAGACACAGUGGGUUUUUUCUAAAAAAAUGUUUAGGGGUACUCUCAUUUUGACUCAAGAAAACCACCAUUUUAUAGUUCAAACCGGGGGAAAUAAAUACAGUUAAUGGACAAAAGUACAAAGAUUCACAAAAUGUUUAGGGAUAUGCGUACCCCUGGCUACCCCCAGAAAAAAAGCGCUGGGUAGACAGACACACUCUCUUGCUCUCACUUUCUCUCUCCCAAUCUUUCUCUCUCUCACACUAUUUUAUGGUUCCAUCUUAACUAAUAUGGAUAUGAAAACCUCUUUCUGUGGUGUUGUCUGGAUUAAAGAGAUUAGGGUUCCUUCUACAUGUAAUAAGAACUGUGAAGUGUUUUAAAUCCAAUUACUAGAUAGUUAAUCCAAUUAAACAAACUAGGUUUCCCCCCCUGCAUUAACAUGCUUUGGAUUUCUCAGCACAGGUAGUGUUUAAAGCUGCAACUCUCUGUACCCUUGCUUGGGGCUAAACCUCCUUUUGAUUUUACUCAAAACUGGAAAAUAGGCAUAAGACCGGGUUGUAAAUUGUUCUGUAUUUGUUUAUAUUAAUGCAUUCCGACUUUUUCAUACAAUUUCUCAUCUUUUUUUUCAGAACAUGAGGGUGCGUACCGUAAAAGGACAAGAUUAUUACUCCAAGUCAGGGGCGAAAUUCCAUGGGAAAAUGGAACAAAAAUUUCUUCUCGUUGACUGUAAGAAAGUCAUGUAUGGUACCUAUAGGUAAGAAGCUAUGCAUGUGUUAGAUAUAAUUUAUAUAUCUUCAGUGUAAUGUUGCUGUGUGUUCUUGUCCACAGGAGGAACAUGUGCUAGGGUGGUCUUGGGCCCUGAAGCAGAGCGCCCCUCGUGCCGGGCAGACAUCCGCAGGGAGUUCCCGCAGGGCUCCCCAUGCUGCGGAUAGGAGCCUGCUGCACAGAGCGCGGGGCGCGCUGAAACAGAGCGCCCCGCGCUUCAGGCAGACAUCGGCCAGCCCCACAAGCUCGGGGGACAGCGGGGAGGCGCAGAACCGCCAUCCCACUGUUCCUCAACCUGGUUUGGUUUCCCUGACCUGGUUUGGGGGGGGGGAAAUAAAGGGAAAUUUUUUCCCCUUUAUUUCCCCCCCAAAAAACUAGGUGCGUCCUAUGGGACGGAGCAUCCUAUGGGACGAAAAAUACAGUAAGUCCGCAUCUGUUUUGCCUAAUCAGCAUUGUAGCAUUGGGUGCUCCCAGCUCAUUCACCAGACCUAUUGGAUAAUCUUAUGUCUGCCAUCUGGAGUGAUUUUGGAAGAAAUAAUAAUAAUAAUUGUUAUUGAAAUUAAUGAUAUUUAGUGCCAUCUCGUGGUUUAUAAGAAUAGUUCAUUCUCAUUGAAUCUAGUUUAUUGUUGGAAUAAUUACUUAAUGGACAGAUUUUUUAAAAAUAAAAUGUGUUACAUCAUUAUAUUCACAAUAGCCCUUGAGCUCCAUGAUUCUUAAUUUGCUUCUUCUUUUUGUUACAUUCAGAUGUGACAGAGGAGGUAAGGUAAAUUACGUUUUCUUACCCUCAGAUUCAUCUGCAGAUUGUACUUUGGCAUAAGAUGGAUUGUAAACAUAUGACCAUUUGUGGAUGCAAUGCAUACUUUACUGAAGAUUUCUGGCAAAGCAGUGAUUUCCAGGGUUGUGUUUUCUAAAUAAGUUGUUUCUAGAAGUGGUUGACCAAUAUAUGUAUUUGUUAAAUUAUGUGAAUGCAAGGGAUUGUCUUUGGUUAGAAACAUCCCAGCAAAACAUACAAUAUUUUAAAACAUGAUAGUCAGAACUGCUAUGUUUGAGCAGCAUGGCUAUGUGAAAAUAUUAGUAAGGUGGUGUUGAUAUCUGUAAAUACCUAUCCUACAGGCUCAUGGCAAAUAACUAUGAAAAUUAAUGUAAAAUAUAUUUGCAUGGUUUCACUUUAUGGUACACUAGUAAGUAUACAAAUAUAAAAUACUAUUCUGGUUAACUGUGUGAUAUAAAAUUAUUUUUUUUCCAUUCAUGAAAUUAUUUACUCAUGAUGAUAUUGUGUCUGAAAUUCAUUUCAGCUUCUCUCAAUUUAUCAGGGAUUGUGUUUGGCUAGUGGGACUCUCCUUGAAGAAACUUUUCAUUGAGUUAUUUGAGGAGCUACUUCAUAAGCCUCAGUUUAGGGCUUUUGCCUCCUGUGUGGUGCUCCUUAUCAAGCAGAAAGACACACGUCUGCAAGAUAUAAUGCUUACAAUUGUCAACACGUGUUACACACACACACACACACACACACACCACUAGUGAAAAAGUGGUUCCAUGUCUGCUAUUAGCUAACAGUGUGUGUGUGUGUGUGUGUGUGUGUGUGUGUGUGUGUCUUCCUUCCCCAACAUGACCACCUUCAAAUGUUUUGGACUUCACCUCCCUUAAGCCUUAGCCAGAGUGGCCAGUUGUCAAAGAUGAUGGCAGGUGCUACCUACCUCUACUUAUAGCUUGUGUUGGUAAAAAUAGGUAUCAUUCUCAAUAUGCUUCUCCAGCUUUAAUCAUCAGUGACUCAUCACUAAAAAAAAUCUGAUUGAUCAUAUGAUCCCUGUGCACAUUUCUGAGGAGAACAGAUUUCGUUUCUUAUACAGAAACCUAUCACUAUGUAACUUGACCACAAGAUAACAAGUGUUCGCCUGUUCCUGGUUUGGAUUACUAAUUGUAAUUUCUUCAUCUUUCAGCUUUAUGUGGUCCUUUGAGAAAGCAAACCUCAGCAUGGUCCAGGUUAUCACAGGACAACUGGUUGAAUCUUUUGAUGAAGAGUUUAGGACACUGUACGCCCGUUCUUCUGUUCCCAGCUCAUUUGCUCCAGAAUUAGUUAGAAUUAAUAGCCGCCGAGCACUCUGGGAGAAUGAUGCCUACCAGCAUUCACAGUCUUCCUUAGCUUCAGCUUCUAGCCUGCGUAACCCUUUCGGGAGGGCCAACAAAACCCACAACUUAGACACCAGCUUUCUGAAGAAACAAGGCAGAUAUGGAAUAAAUGACAAUGACACAUUCACUCCUAGAAACCACAUCUUUCAGAAACCACAGUUUGCUCCAGGUUUUCAUAUGCAGGGUAGAAUCCAGCAGUACCAACCCAACGAUGUAAAUGAACAUUGGAAAAGGCAUAGCUAUGCAGGGGAGAAACCAGAAAGGACUCCAUACAUGAUGCUCAACAGGGCAAUGAACCGGGCAAAUAAUCAACCUCACGGUUGGCAAGUGCCAUCUGACAGUCUCAGCGUUGUAUCUUCGUUGCACGGAAGUUACAAAAACCUCAAUGUGCCUCAACAGAGUCUGGUUGACCGGCUUCCACAGCCAAAGCUGAAUAUUGCAGACAGGAACUCAAUUGUACGGAGAUCUUUCAAUGGAACAGACAGUCACAUCCGCUACCUACAGCAGAGAAUGCCGACCCUUGAACGUACCACGAAAUCUUUCCUGCGCAACUGGCGCAUUGAAUCGUAUUUAAAUGACCAGUCGGAUUUUCCAGCAGACUCAAAUGGCUCAGGGAUAGGUGAUAGGUGUGAGGGCUUUGAUGCAGCGGAAAAUAUCAAGGCCCAUGCCCUUUACGCUCACUCUCGCCUGCGCUCCUCCUUUGUCUUUAAGCCAACUUUGCCAGAGCAGAAAGAAGUAAACAGCUGUGCCAGUUCUUCUAAUUCGACUAUCAUUGGUUCAGAUGGCAGUGUGACGCCCAAAGGAACGCCCAACCAUGUUCCCAAGCCAGAAGAUGGAGCUGAUGACAUUGAGGCAGAACCAAGCACACACGUCCCACUGGAACCUGAGGUAGUCAAAAACAACAACCUGCCGAUUUCAGAAGAUAAGAAACCUAGUGUAACUCCACCAGUUAGUCAAGAGAAGCCUACCUACCUAUAUUCAACUCUGAGCACAAGCAGACCAGUAGAAUUUCUCAAGAAUGAAAGCAUACUGAAAAGGCGAAGUUUUCCAAUGUUUGACAAUUCAAAAUCUGCUUUGGAUCUUGGGAAUAAUAAAGAUGCAGCCAGCUACGUCUACAGCACACUAAAUAGGAAUAGACUUAGACAACCGGCUGCUCUAAAGCCACCGCUAGAGGAGGACCUACAAAACUCUAAAAGCUUGUACGAUGUUGCCAAUCAUCUAUCACCUGACAGUAAUAAGCUGAAAAGUGAACAGGCCAGGUCUCCCACCACCCCGAAGUCCAUUUCUGUGGCUGCACUAGCUGAAUCGAGCAAAGAUGACCCUGGGAAAGAUGCCUCGCCGAAGAAAGAGAACAAGAAUUCCCCAAGUUUCCUGAAGAAGGGGUCGCAGAAACUGAGGUCGUUGCUGAACCUCACACCGGAGAAGAAAGAGAGCCUGUCCAAAAACAAAGCGCCUGCUUUUUACAGAAUGUGUAGCAGUUCUGACACUCUGGUGUCAGAAGGUGAAGAAAAUCAAAGACCCAAAGUGGCGGAAAUAAAGGUGGAAUGUUCUCCCAGGAAAAAAAGAAACUCCUCAUCUAAUUCACAGGGGAGCCUACAUAAGAGUAAAGAGGACAUUACUGUCAGCCCAAAGUCCCCCAAAUCUCCAAAAUCUCCCAAGUCCCCCAAGUCUCCAAAAUCACCAAAGUCUCAAAAAUCUCUGAAACCUCCAUCAGAAGAAAACAUGAAAAGGGGGCCUGUUGUGAAACCAAUAGAAAAUAUGCUGUUGGAAGUACCUCCAGGCGACCCAUCUGCUCCCAGAUUCAACACCGAGCAAAUUCAGUACCAGGAUGUCAGGGAGCUGCGUGCAAAUGCAGGCCGGGAUCGGGUCCCCCCACCAACUGCUGCCGCUAUUCCUCCGCACAGGGUCAGUGCAGCGGCGCCUCGUCUAUCGAGCACCAAGCCAAACGAUGAGCUAAUAAGACCUCGCUUGAGCGAUAGGCGUAUUUACAGUCGCUUUGAGCCAUUUUGCAAAGUGGAAAGCUCUGCUCAGCCAACAGGAACUCAUCAAGCAAGCAGCACCCAGAAAAACAGCGCUCACUAUCCGGAGACAAAUAGCAAGGCCUCUAGGAAUAAUUAUGGAAGGAGCAACCAGGUGGCGAAUUACAACCCUGGUGUCUACCACCCAUUGCACCCCAAUGAAAACAAGUUGCGAGGGAUUAUGCAAAAGUUUGGGAAUUUUAUAUACAAAAAUAAAUGA